AUGAGUGAAGUGAAAAAUAAAAUUAAUGAACAAGAAGAAAAUGUUCAAGAGAUUGAAGAAGAUGAAAUUGAAGAAGUUCCAUCAUUUCAUUCAAUUGAUAUUCUUCAACAACAAGGAAUUAAUGUUGGAGAUAUUAAUAAAUUGAAAAGUGCAGGUUGUAAUACUAUUGAAUCUGUUGUUAUGCAUACUCGUAAAGAAUUAUGUAGUAUUCGUGGAUUUUCUGAUUCAAAAGUAGAUAAAAUUAUGGAAGCAGUUUCUAAAAUAUUUCCUACACAUUCAUUUAUAAGUGCAACAACAUCAUUAGAAAGAAGAGCUAAUGUUAUUAAAAUUACAACAGGUAGUAGUCAAUUUGAUCAAUUACUUGGUGGAGGAAUUGAAACAAUGAGUGUUACAGAAAUGUUUGGAGAGUUUAGAACAGGAAAAACACAAUUAUGUCAUACAUUAGCUGUAACAACUCAACUUCCAUCACAUUUAAAAGGAGGAAAUGGAAAAGUAGCAUAUAUUGAUACUGAAGGAACAUUUAGACCAGAAAGAAUUACACAAAUUGCAGAAAGAUUUGGAGUUGAUCAAACAGCAGUUUUAGAUAAUAUAUUAAUUGCUAGAGCAUAUACUCAUGAACAACAAUUUGAUUUAUUAAUUGAAGUUGCAGCAAGAAUGGCAGAAGAUCAUUUUAGAAUACUUAUUAUUGAUAGUGUAACUUCUCUAUUUAGAGUUGAUUUUUCAGGAAGAGGAGAAUUAAGUGAAAGACAACAAAAAUUAGGAAAAAUGAUGAAUAAAUUAAUUAAAAUUAGUGAAGAAUUUAAUGUUGCAGUUGUAAUUACAAAUCAAGUAAUGAGUGAUCCAGGAGGAGGUGCUAUGUUUGUUGUUGAUCCAAAAAAACCAAUUGGUGGACAUGUAAUAGCACAUGCUAGUACAACACGUCUUUAUCUUAGGAAAGGAAAGGGAGAACAACGAAUUGUUAAAAUAUAUGAUUCUCCAAAUUUACCUGAAGCAGAAGCUACAUUUGCAAUUGAUACAGGUGGAAUUAUUGAUGCUAAAGAUUAA